CGUUAAUUUUUUUGUUCGACGCAUCAUUAUCCGAAAAUGGCUGCUGCUAGUGGUAAAUUUAUUUAUCGAUUUCAUUCAAGAUUGUCUCUGCAUAGAUUGUUAAUAAAAAGAUAUUUGAGCUCUGAUUUGAAAACACUAAGUUCUCACACAUAUCUUGCAGAUAAUGUUCAAUAUCCAUUAAUCAAACCAAAAUAUCCCCCCGGUAGUUGGGGUGAUAUGGAACCCUCGUAUGCAUGGCAAUGGCACGAAUUAAAACAAAAAAUGUUAAGUAUUCCAAAUGUUGAAGGUCGUCUAGAAACACUUCUCAAUAAAAGGACCAUGGCGAUGAUUGAAAAUCCUAUUAUUGAUCCAAGAGUUCAUAAUUUUAAGGAGAGAGUUCAAGAACUGAUUGAAAGUGCUGCCACCACAAUGGUUCUUGAACCAAACAAUUUUCAUCCAGCUACAUUACCUUUCAGACUCUAUGCUACCAAAACUGUGCUUUUACCAUGUAAAAAUGUCCCAUUAGAAAUUUUGGAUAACUUAGUUGUAAAUGAUUUAGAAAUUCUCUUAAAAGAUUUCAAGAAUCAUAUUAAUGAUCAUUUACUUCUGGAGCAUGAAUGGCUUGACAGAAAUCGUUCAGCAGCUAAACCUGCAAAAAUUAAAAAAAUUAUCAAAGCACAUACACUAAUAAAGUGCAUAAGUAAUUUUCUCAUUGCACAGCUUGGGAAAGAUUAUACACAUUUGAAAACAGCGCAAUAUGAUGAGCAUGUUACUGUUAGAGCUCUGUGGAAUAGAUAUGGAUUUGAGAGGAAGAAACAAAAAUACAUUCACGACCCAGAUAUUGUGACGUAUGUGAAUGUUCAGGAUCAGUGUUUGACAUAUGAGGGAAAAUUUGAUCUUAUGCUUAGAAGUCACAUGCCUUUACCACAGUUUGAAAGCCGAACAAGCGGAAAGAGCAUCGAGAGCGAAGCACCCAAACUGAUGUAUAAACCUUGUGUAUAUGGGCAAGCUGAUGCUGGAAGAAAGCAACUUAAAAAUAUACUUGCAGGUCACAGGCUUGGAGAUCCUUGUGAAUUUGGCUUGCUGAGUUUUAUCAUCACAAGAGGAGGAGAGAAAGCUUCUCAAGAUACAAAUCUAGCAUUUGGUCUGACCAGCACAUUCAGCUGGCUAGCUGCUCAAGCCUGUAAUCAAGGUUUCAGUCAUAUUUUGGAUCUUACUUAUCCCAUGACAAGUCAAACAGUUUUGACAGAUGGCCAAAAUUUCAGGUUUUUGGCAUAUCAGUUGAACACUUUGGAACUGUGGAAAGAUGAUGCUGCCAACAGGCUGGUCAACUUGUGUUGGGUCACUGAACAGAUGCCACUUUAUCACAGCAUUCAAAAUGGGAAGGUGAAUGAAUUGAAUGAAGAGGUUCUGCAGAGGUUGAUUAAAACUUUUGCUUUAGCGCCUGCUGUGCCUGAGUAUGACCCCAAACAAACCAUCACUGAUAAAGAAAGAGAUUUAGCUAACAAACAGGAUUUUGUUCCAAAGAAGAUUUUUGUGGAAGAAACACAGAUAGAAGAACAGUACAUUGUAUGAGCACUUGGAUGAUUAAAUAUUUCUGUCCAA